CCCGUCGGUCGUCAGUUCAGUGCGAACGUUUGGACCGGACGAAAGCUUUCUUCUUCCCUUGCCCAGUUUCAGCUUCAGAAGGGAGAAAGUUCUGUGUUUGGUGGAGGAGGAUUCUGGCCACAGCGCAAGUGGGGCCAGUUUUGCAGCAGACCGGAAAAAGGACCACUUAAGCACACGCGCGUGUGUGUUUGUGCGUGUUUUUGUGCGAUUUUUGAGUUUUUUUUUCGUUCUCAAGUGGGUGAAACGCAUUUAGCGUGUACGCGGUGAAUUUGACAGCAGUGCUGCUAGUUUCUCAGCAAACGAAGAAAGGUGAUAAAUUAAAAGUUGUUUUUUUUUGUCGUCGCCAAAGUCAAGACAGUUCAUAAAGUGUGAAAAUUGAAUUAAAUACGAUACUUAGUCCGUUGGACGUCGGGAUUUUGAAGAGGAGGGGAGCCGAAUUGAAAAAUAACGAAGAAAUAUAAAUCCCUCGCGGGCACGUUUUACGACCGUUUUGAGAAAAAAGAAGAAAUCUCCCCACACAAGAAAAAAAAAAACAACAAUAAGGAGUGGAAUCGAGGAAAAAGCCGUGGGACGAUCCGAAGAAAAAAUGUAUCCGGAAGAUGGAAAAAUGAGCGCCGUGAAGUGAAGCGUUGCGAGGGGGGAGACGGUUCCAUCGAUAACAAAGGGGGUGAAGGAGGAGGAAAAACAAAAAGGAGAAAUUGGUUAAGAAAAGGAAAAAGCUCUUCUUUUCUAUCAGGAAAAAAUACCAUAAAUCUCGGCGGUGACGGUUCGCUUAGUGGAUAAAUUUGGUCACUGAAGAAGGAAUACCGGCGGUGGAUUUUCUUUCUUUCUCUUGCAAACAAGAAGGGAAAGCGAAAAUACAAGGACAUCCAGCAGCUUGAAAUUAACAGGUGGCCAAACAGGCAGUUGGGCUGCCGUUUUUUAUCGGGUGAACAAUGAAAAACUUCAGCGCUGGCGGGCUCUGCCAGCUGAUUUUCCUGGCGAACGUGGUGGCCGUGUGCUGUGCCAAAGCCGUUGCAAAUGAUGGUGACAACGCCAAGCCGACGACGGAGCGCGUCGAGAGGAAGCCCAGUGACAGCGGUGACGACGGCGGCAAGCAAUCGCAGACACACCACCGGCAUCGGCGUGAAAAUGGCGACGGCGAUGGCCGGGAAGCGGGCGGAACGGCCACCGACGGCGGUGGAGAGUUGGAAAAUUUCAUUGCACUGGCACCGGACGAAGCGGAUAUUUAUAACUUUUCCAACAAUCUCAUCAACGCGGUAGAUAACGUGGACCAGGAGGACGGCGGCGGCGGAACUGACGCCGGUCAAGAGCAGCAGGACGACGACGCUGGCGGGAAUGCAAAUGAAGUGAAUCCGUUUAAUGAAUUUCUUAAUCCCCGCCAGCAGCAGCAACAGUUGGACCAGGAAGACCCGUGGGGUCUGGGACUGGACGAGCAGCAACUUCCGCCGCCGGCGUUUGAACAGCAGGAGCAACCGCAGCAGGUGGAGGAGAGCAAAUAUCUUAAACCGGUCAACCGGAGUCGUCAGCAGAAGCACCAGCACCGUCAGCAGCAGCCGCCGCCAAGUCCAAUCGUGGCCAGCAGUAUCGACUUUCUCAACUCCAUCGACGGGGGGUAUCUGCUGUCGAACGGGAUUAUCGACGAGAAGGGACAGAAGCUGGAGGAAGACAACAGUCCUUCGACGUUGAAACCGGACAACAAUGGCGGGGGUGAACAGCUCGACGACGAUGACAUUUUUGAGCAAAUGCAAAAGAAGGCCAAAUCGUACCGGCUGAAGUUGUACAAGAAGCACAAAAACUUCAAGCACAGCCACCAUCAUCGGGGUGGAUACUACCAUCCGUUGUACCAGCAUCAUCACCACCAGUAUUACCAGCAGAAGAUGUUGGAGAGGGAACGUGACCGCUGGAAGCAGCUCCAGCAGGAUCAGCAGCUCAAGAGCGGCUAUCAGGGCAAGAUUCGUUACUUUGACAGCUCGAACAAGCUUGAAACCAAGGAGGACAUCAAGGCACAUUUGGAUGGGUUCAGCAGCCGCGAGCAGUGGCCAAAUUUUGAGAAAGUCGUAACGUCACUGAACAAAGAAACUCAGCAGGACAGCAUACCACCAUACAUCAAGAAAUAUAACCGCCGGAACAAGCAGCUAAUCGACCUGCUGGAGGGAACCAUCGCUCCGUUGCAGGACUACGGCCAGCGCCACCAUGAGCGGAAGUACCAUCGCAGAAAAAAUCCCCACUGGAUGGAGGAAGACCUGUUUGAAGAGCAACGACCCAGCCAGAACAAUCUGGGACUCCAGCGGAACUACAUCCAGGAGACGAUCCAGUCGUCGACAGUCCACUCGAACUCGCUGCCCGGCGAAGGAAUCCACGUAAUCUACGACAAGAAGCACACCGGCAAUAAUGACCACGAUUACGGUCACCCGGCCAACGAUCCGAACCAUCCGUACAAGCUCUCGUCCCGUGCCGGCCAGUUUGUGUACCACCGGGUGGCGUCACCGCAACCCGUAGGUUACGGCCGACUCAAGCGCCAGCGACUCCCGUUCGUGGCCAUCACCGAUCGCCGUCUUGGAACUCCCCCGAAGCGUCGUCCCAACAGUAGCAGCAGCAGCGGCAGCUCCAGCGCGUCCGGCAACAGCGCCAGCAACCUACUGAAUCACCAACCGAUGCCUUAAGCAACACACUCACACACAUCUCUGCAGAUUCUACCGAACUCUGAACACAACACACACCCUGCGAUCCCGGGUUCCAAACCCGGGACGCGUUUAAGGCAGCUGCUCUCUCUAGACUAGGCUCUAGGAAAGCUUACACUUUUUCGUUUUGUGGUUCUUUCUUCAGUUCUACUGCUACUACGGCACUCACCGUUCUUGAGCAACUUUCUCCGCUGUGCGCGUGCUGUCACUUGGGCCGAACCCACUGCUGCCGAGUUUUCUGGUUGAUCCCGCCAACAAUGGCGCUUGUUUCAAAGGUUAAGCCAUGCCGGCCAAAGUACAAACAGCUUUAACGUGAAAUCACCACCUGUCAACAAACUUUUUUCGAGAACUGUCACUGCUCAGUGUACACGCUAAACACAGACCAACCGUUUUAGCGUAGUUUUUAUCCUUGUGACGCUUUCCAGCGCGAUUGCUUCGAUUAAAACCACCAUCGUCAUCGUCGCUUUCGCCAGGUAAGUGGUUGGAAGAGCAAGAAAAAACUUCAAAAACUCCUUUUUCCCCUCAAUUGAACCGUCGUCAUCGUCGCUGGCGGUGAUUGCUGAAUAAGCUGCAAAAAAAAUGAAAGGAGAUCGACAACAAGCAGCGGGAAUAAAUCUCAACCGAGUCUUGGAUUGCUUUCGGAGUACUUCUGUCGAUUCUAUUGAGUUUCUCGCACAAUGAAAUCGUCGUCUCCGUUAACACUACAAUUGAUGUAAAUGGGUUUCCUGCGCUGCAAACUGUCAGCACAUUUGACACGUCGACAAUGACGUCACCUUUUCAAUAGAGUCGUCUACUCUCGUUAGCGCGCGUACAAAGGAAAAGAGUAUCCUUUUUCCAUUGAUUUCAGCUCUUUUUUUAUACGCCCAAGUGCACACGUUCAAUCAGUUUAUCGCGGCGCAGAUAAACUGCAACGUUAUACCGGUUCCGAAAUAACGAUCGAAUCAAUAGACUCGAAGCUUGAGGAGGGAGGGGUAAAAUUACUGUCGUUUCCUUCUUCGUUCGAAUUCUUUGUUAAGAAAGCGCCAUUCUUCCCCCCUCAGUAAUCGGCCAUUGUUGUACUUGAUUUCUUCCAUGUGGCCACGUUACAGCUUUCAAUGGAAAGGUCAAACUUUCAGCAACCCCCUGUGAGUGUGGACAGGUGCAAGCAGUUGGAGCUCGCACACAAGUGACAGCCGGCACAAAGAGUCACUAAAAUGGUGGAAGGAGGAGAAGGAGGGGAAAAAAUAGUUGAAAAGCAGAAUACAACCAAUGAUUGUUAAAUAUAUCGAACUCCAAGAGGUUACAAAUCGUUGCUGAACGGCAUUCUCUGACAAACGAGUGCGGACCGCUGUCCGGAAGGCUUGGUUGAAUGUCAAAUGUGACAUGUCAAAGGGAGAAAAAAUGUCAUGCAAGUGACAAACAAAAAAAGAACAUACAUUAAGGUAAACAUGAUGACAAUAUAUAUUUAUUAAAGUAAAAAGGUAACAUUUACAUAGUAAAAGAUAAACAAAGCAACUCUCAUACUGCGUUAAAUUUGAGAAGUAAAAAAAAUCUUGUAUUUACUAACAUAUCAAAAUGGCUCUUUGACAACAGAUAAAAAAAAACAUCCGAAUCAAAAUGGCGCUCGCGUAGCAAGCCAACGUUAAGUCAGAUUUCCUUUGGUACCCAUUUAUACUGAAACUGUUUGCCCUUUACAGAAAUACAAGUAAACUACAACCACCACCACCACACACUCUGCAAAUCAAGCUGAUUUUGUAUGUAUACACGCAAACUCUUUCUAAGCUCACCCACAAAUACAUACAAAACACUAAUUGACCGAUGCACGCGCACGUUAGAGUCAAUUUGAGAGAGUAAAGUUUAAUGAAGUUUAACAUAACACGCAGACACCUACAAAUAAGACACACACUCAAUCACACCGAGCUCGUUGACGUAGUAAGCGCAGGGCAGAACAAUAGAACAACACGAAACGACUGGAGGCAGUGCGGGCGGACGCCUACUACGAUCACGACUGCCAUUUGAAUUCUAACUAAACUUUUACGGCGCCUACUGUGGAGUCCAACAGUAGAGGCCGGCGCUUUGUUUUCCUUUCUGUUUGACGUUUUAGUGUGGCAACAUUUUUAAUCGCAAAAAUAAGUGUAUGAAUAUUGCACAAAAAAAUCACGCAAAAUGAUGGCGCGCGAUGGCGAACGAAUGAAAUCAUGACAAUAAGCAAAUGGAACCAUAAUUUUCUAGCAUUUUAUAGCGGAAUUCGUAACACAAAAAAAACUGGUGACACGUGGAUGAUUUUCGGUGACGGGCAGGCCCCUGCGCAACUGUUUUGAUUUGUACAGCUUUUGAGGUAACACGAAAAGAGGAAAACAAAUAAGCAAUAGACUUUGACAAUACCUUUCGAAAAAAGGGGGGCGGGAAGGGGCCGAGUACGUCACUGUUCGGAGAAGGAUUAGUGACCCCCUUUCUAGAAAACAUUACCAUCACACUGGGCACAGAAAAGUCUAAUACCAAAAUCACCAAUCGACGGCGAACGUGUGUGACAAAUAUUACCAACUAAUAAAUACUUGAUAAGGAGCACUUGUAAUGUUAAUUUUCAUUAUAUUUCUUUUCUAAGUUUAGCAAAAGUUUGUUUCGAAUUGCAAAUGGUGGUUUAAUGUAACUGCACGCCAAUUUAAUCAGAUGUCACUUGCACUAAAAAGUAAGGAAAACACAACAAUACCGGAUGAGAACUACAAACAAAUCAAUGCACUCAAACACACAUACUACGAGAGAAAGUUAUAGUCAAUUUUCUGUGGAAAAAUAGGCGACACCAGAAAAAUAAGAGAAUAAUUGCACGUUUACCAAAAAAAACACACACAAACAAAUAUCACAAAUAUCAAGUGAAGCACUCGAAAAGACGCAGAAAACAGCUAAACAAAAAAGCAGAAUUUAAAAUAAAAAUGCACUUUUAAAUGUGAAUAAAUAAAUAAAGAAAUGCCGUGUUAGUUUAUAGAAAUGCAAAAUAAAUAGUAGCUAUUUUACUAUUGAAUAAAGGCACCACUCUACUGUAGCGGAAGAAACAUCAAGCCUGCUGAGAGGCUACCUUCUUAUAUACACAUUAUAGACAAAAAGACACAAAAACUCAACAAUACACAAAAACAAUAGAGAAAAGAGAACUCACACCAGCACGCAUAUAAACAAACAAAACAACAACAAGAGCAUAGUAAACUGUGUAGAUAUGUCACUUAUUAAAACAUCGCAGCAACCCUGCUGCGAUCACCUACCCAAUGAGAUAUAUAUAUUUAAGGUAAGCAGAAACAAAGUGUUUUGAAAAAAGGUAAUACACAGCGCUAAAGGUAAGCAGCACACAUGCAAACAAAAAAACAAAAA